GGCGCUGCCGCCGCGCCCGGAGCCAAGAUGGCGGCGGCCGCGCGCGCGCUGCGGGUCCUUCCCCGUGCCCUCCAUGUCCCCAGCGUCACCCGGCAGCUCCACACCAGCCCCGUGUGCCUCAAGACGCGGGCGGCGCGGGUGCGCGUGGGCAAAGGUGACAAGUUGGUGACCUACGAGCAGGCGCACGCCCCCCACCACAUCGGGCACCGCAAGGGCUGGCUGUCCCUGCACACCGGGAACCUGCGUGGCGAGGCGGGCGCGGCUCAGCGGGCCCUGGAGGACGCGUUCCUGCGGCGCUUCCUGGCCGGGACCUUCCCGGGGCUCCUGCUGGAGCAGCCGGUGCUGAAGCGGCGCGGGAACCUGCUGGUGAUCUGUGCCCUGCUGGCCCGGGCACUGCCACCCCACAAGCUCUACUUCCUGCUGGGCUACGCCGAGACCCUGCUGGGCCACUUCUACAAGUGCCCCGUGCGCCUGGAGCUGCAGACCCUGCCCGCCCGCGUGCCCUACAAGUUCCUCUAGGGGACACACCUGUAAAUGGCCCUAAAAACCCAUAAAUGUUCCUAAAAAACCCAUAAAUGUUCCUAAAGGAAUGAUCUGGAUAUCCCCUGUGUGCCCUACAAGUUCCUCUAGGGGACACACCUGUACAUGGCCCUAAAAACCCAUAAAUGUUCCUAAAAGAGUGCUCUGGGAUGUGCCCUACAAGUUCCUCUAGGGGACACACCUGUAAAUGUUCCUAAAAACCCAUAAAUGUUCCUAAAAACCCAUAAAUGUUGCUAAAGGAAUGAUCUGGGGUAUCCCCUGUGUGCCCUACAAGUUCCUCUAGGGGACACACCUGUAAAUGGCCCUAAAAACCCAUAAAUGUUCCUAAAAACCCAUAAAUGUUCCUAAAAGAGUGCUCUGGGAUGUGCCCUACAAGUUCCUCUAGGGGACACCCCUGUAAAUGGCCCUAAAAACCCAUAAAUGUUCCUAAAAAACCCAUAAAUGUUGCUAAAGGAAUGAUCUGGGGUAUCCCCUGUGUGCCCUACAAGUUCCUCUAGGGGACACACCUGUAAAUGUUCCUAAAAACCCAUAAAUGUUCCUAAAAACCCAUAAAUGUUCCUAAAAGA